UCGAAUCUCGCCCGUUCCGCUCCAUUUUCUUGAAGAACAAACACCUGUAGGAUUACAGCACAGUCAUGGCGGAUGCACAGCGGAUUUAUCCAGCCAAUGAGGACGUAGAAAAGGCCGAACAGAUGAGUUUGCGGCCCAGUGCUCUGGCUCCCAAAUCGAGCCUCAUGUCCGAGAAAGAAGAUCCAGCCGCUAAUCGAGGCCAGCUUAGGGACGUUACAUUUCCUAAAGAGCAAAUGAUUCCAUCAAGGCAGCCCCACAGAUAUUACCCCGGCCCUCCACGGCGGCGCCGCAAUACCUGCUGCCGCUGCCUCGUCUGGACAUUUUGCCUCAUCGUGCUCUUGAUUGUCACCAUCGUCAUAGCUGCUGCAAUUCUCUACGCCGUCUUUAAACCCAAAAUACCCAAUUAUUCAGUCGACAAUAUUCAGAUUACAAGAUUCUUCCUUGGUGCAGGCGCCACUGUUUCUUCUCAGUUUGCGGUUGAUGUUACAGCGAGGAAUCCGAACAAAAAGAUCGGCAUUUAUUACUUGGACGACAGCUAUCUUGCGGUUUUCUACACUGGCACAGAGCUUUGCAAGGGCAAACUUCCUGCUUUUUAUCAGGGCCACAGGAAUACUACUAAUUUAGACGUUACUCUCACCGGAACUGACGUCCAGAUUACCAGUGACAUGGUUAGGUCGCUGACUGCACAGCGGCAACUGGUAAGUAUUCCCCUGCUUGUGAAGGCUGAUGUUCCAGUGAAAGUCAAGUUUGGGAAACUGAAAACAAUGAAGAUUACUUUUCGCGUUCGCUGUGAUCUGAUCGACAGUCUGGACGCCAACGCUAGUAUUAAUAUUAGCAAGAAGAACUGCAAGGUGAAGCUUUGAACAGACCCAUAGGUGUCCUACCUUUCUUUCUUUUCUCUGUCUUUACAGAAGACGAAAGAGCGAGCAGUUUGUAAUUUGAUCAUCGUUCGGGGGCUUUUAUUUUUAUAUCAUUUUUCUUGUUCCA